ACUCCCUCCCCGUUUACUCCAGCUUCACGGGGAUCUACAACCACCACCCAACUUCUGGAAUUCCUUCCGCGCAUCACGAGCGCUUGUAGAGCUGCUUCAGGCAAAGCGAAGAUGCAAUAUCGUAACGCAAAUUUGGAAGAUCUAUGUCUUCCAUUCCGCCGGCUUCAUGGCUGAGCGUGGAUAGCUGUCGCCCUGCUAACAACGUACAUAUGUACCACUUCAAGCUCACAUUCUAGGGCUCAUUUCACCGUCACCCAGAGGCAAUCGCAAACAUUCAUCAUGCGCGUAACACCUUUCUCUCUCCUUCCUCUCGCUCUUGCAGCACCGGCGGUCAUCUCCAGGCAAGCCGAGAAGCCUGUAUAUUGGCUGCUGGCUGGCGACUCAACAACAGCAACCAAUGGUGGAUGGGGCGACGAGUUUCUAUCCAAAACUGUUGCGGCUGGUUCAUCAGGACACAACUACGGGCACAGCGGCGCGACAACGCGAUCCUUCCGUGCCGGCGGCGAUUGGGCCAGCGUCACCAAAGACAUCGGCACAUACAAGGAGGACUACAACGUCUACGUGACGAUCCAGUUCGGCCACAAUGACCAGAAACCCACCUCUGGAGUCUCCCUAACAGACUACCGCAACAAUCUCGCGACCUUUGCUUCCGAAGUCGAAAAAGCAGGCGCCACGCCCAUACUCGUAACUCCCCUAACGCGCCGCACAUUCAACACCACGACAAAACGCGUCAUCGAGAACCUGUCCAACGAAACCGCAACCACACUAGAUGUAGCUCAGUCCAACGACUUGCACGUCAUCGAUCUCAACAAGGCGUCGACCGCCUACGUGAAUGCGAUUGGUCAGAAAGGAGCAGAUACCUACAACUGGGGUGAGAAUGGCACAACUGGGACGGAUCGGACACACCUGAACCCAUGGGGUGAGGUCGUGUUUGCGCGCAUGGUCAGCGAUCUAUUGGUGGCCAAGUACGAGGAUGAGUUUGGGGCAUAUACAGUCGCGAAUGAGACGUUGAGUGGGCUGAUUAGAGACGGCAAGGUGGCAUAGGUGAUCACUAGUUGACAUAUUCCUAUAACAAGCAAAAAACUAUCAAUGACUAUGUGCC